AUGUUUAGUUUAAUUUGCAUAAAACUGCCCCAAGAAUUGAAGCACAAAGCUUCAUCCCUUACCCAUGGCCACUUCUUCUCAACUUCCUCUGUCAAACCCAUCGCAGAACUCCCUAAUUCCAAGAACCCACAAUCUCUAACAGUCUCCUUCCUCCAAAACUCAUGUGGGUUGUCCUUGGAAUCAGCCAUUUCAGCUUCCGAGAAGCUCAACAUUGAGAACCCAAAGAACCCUAAGUUAGUACUGGAGCUGUUUAGAACUCACGGUUUGACUCAGACCCACAUCAGAAACUUAAUUAGCAGUCAUCCACUACUGCUUUUGGCUGAUUUAGAGAAUACCCUUAAGCCCAACAUUGAGUUGUUUGAAUCUUUGGGGUUCUCUAGCACUAGCCUCGGGAAAAUGCUUAGCAGAGAGCCACGUGUGCUUGAAAGUGAUGCAUACACUGUUGUUGAGUUCUUUAGAGCUCAUGGUUUCAGAAAUGAGCAAAUAUCAACUUUGACCAUUAGGCGUCCAAAAUUGUAUUUUUCCAAUACGCACAAGAUCUUGAAGCCGAAGUUGGAUUUUUUCAAAUCUUUGGGCUUCUCGGAUCUUGAUAUUACAAAGCUUCUAUCCGCGAGGCCUUCUAUUCUAGGAAGGAGCCUCCAAAAGCAAAUCAUUCCUUGUGUUCAAGGGCUGAGGCGGAUUCUUGGCACUGAUGAGAAUGUAUUAAAGGCUAUAAAGGCACUCUCCAGCAUUCUUGAUGCCAAUUUGGAAAAAGAGCUCAAGCCCAACAUUUCGAUGUUGAUAAGCCAUGGUGUCCCCCACUCAUUAGCUUUGAAACUCUUCUUUUCAAGACCAAAUCCACUGCCUAUGUCGACUUGUCGGUUUAGUGAGAUUGUAAGUGAGGUCAUGAAAUUGGGUUUUGAUCCAAAUAAUCCGCAAUUUGUUAUAGCCAUCCGUUCCAUGGCAAUGAGUAAGACAAUGUGGGAGCGAAAGGUGGAAGCAUAUAAAAGUUUUGGUUGGUCAGAGGAUGAGAUCUUUUCAGCAUUCAAAAGGCAACCAUUGUUUAUGAUUGUUUCAGAGAAGAAGAUCAAGAAAUCGAUGGGUUUCUUUGUGAACAAAGUGAAGAUGAAGCCCUCGCUAAUUCCUAAGAAUCACACUCUUCUACGGUAUAGCUUGGAGAAGAGAAUUAUUCCAAGGUGUUCAGUUCUGCAACUUUUGAUUUCAAAGAGGUUGAUCAAGGAAGACACUAGCCUUUUUCAAAUGUUGACAAUGACUGAGAACAAAUUUGUGGAGAAGUUAGUGUGCAGGUAUCAAAACGAGGUCCCUGAUGUUGUUAUGGCGCACCAAGGGAAGAUAGAAUUUCAAGGGUUCCCCAUUGAUUUGAAACCAUGA